AACACGGCGAGCAUCUCAGAGGAAUGAAUGGAUGGUGGAUGCAGCGAGCGGCACCUCUGCUGUUGUUCUUUUGACACUCAUCCAAGGUUUCUGGACUUUCAUUAUUGCUUGCGUUUCCAAGUGUCAUCUAUUAUUGGAGGCACUAGAAGAAUGGCCUCAUUUCUAUGAACGCAUGAGCCGACACAAACUAUGGCUUUUGUUCAGGGUUUCUAUAAAAUCAGCCCUGCAAAAGACAACCAGGAGCCUUUGCCGUCCUUCCCAACAUGUCCUCCUCCAUCCACUGGGAUUCCUCCAGAUCUGCUGUCCACCUGCCCGAAGCUUUUAAACACAGCUCUUCCUCUUCUCACGGCUCCAGUAAUGACAGACGUUCCUCUCACCUUGAUACCUGGAACUACAUCAAAAAGCCUGGUUGUCCAGAAUCCCACAGAUGUGUCUCCGCAGCCGACAGAGCUCCCUCUAUACGGAACAGAAAGUGCGUCCAUACAGUUUCCUCUCCCUCUUGUUACGCUGUACACGUCCACACAUCCACGGAUCUCUCCUGGUUGUGUCCAGCUGCUGGGAGUCUCUGAAUUGGCUCCCUACACACUGUCGACACUCAUGCCACAUUUGCCCCGAUUACCACCACCUGACAGCGGCUCCUCACCCCUCACAGACCCUAGAGCCUCCUCCAAAGAAGAAGAGAUCAUCUUACAGGAAGGAGGCAUUAACAUUAGUGUUUCUAAGAACUCCUCUACAGACGGGGCAGAUGUAUCUGAGUUCAGACUCUGUCCAUCAUGUCCAUCACGUCUGGCUUUAAUUACAACCCUCAUCCCCACCUUUAUCAUCCUCACCGUCUGCAUUGCCAUUAUAGUGAAGUUUGUGGGUUUCCCAACCAAAGCGCGAGACACCCCUGCUGGCGGCUCACAGAACUGCAGCAUCACACCGGGUCCCUUCUAUUCGGUGAAAUUUCCAGCCAAUGACACCGUCAACAUUUCCUCAGAUUGCUCCACAGCAAUGAAUGCUGGGUCUCAUGGGAUGCGUAUUGUUGGUGGUACGGAGGCUGCGAAGGACCAGUGGGGGUGGCAGACCAGUUUACACUGGCGUGGCAAACACGUGUGUGGAGGAUCCAUCAUUACUUCUCACUGGGUCGUCACUGCCGCACACUGCUUUGUACAAUAUGAUAUGAUGCUGGAGUCUGAUUGGAUCGUGGUUGUUGAUACUGUCAGUGUCUCGGAUUCGUCUCAGGGCAAACGCUACAACACACUGCAAAUACACCCACACCCGCGAUUCUCAGGGAACGACAACGACUACGACCUGUGUCUGCUGCGCACGCAGACUGAGAUGGAGAUGGGAGAUGGAGUGAGACCCGUGUGUUUACCACGUCUGAGCGAGUCUUUUCCUCCUGAUUCCCCAUGCUGGGUCACAGGUUGGGGUUACACUCAGGAAGGAGGGUCGGUGUCCUCACACUUGAGACAGGCUUUAGUUCAGGUUAUCGAUCAGUCCAUAUGCUUACAGUCCAACGUGUACGGCUCCCAACUCACUCCCAGAAUGCUUUGUGCUGGCGUUAUGGAGGGAGGAGUGGACUCCUGUCAGGGUGACAGCGGAGGUCCUCUCGUGUGUAAGACUGAAGCUGGUGAUUGGAGGUUGGCUGGUGUGGUGAGUUGGGGAGAAGGAUGUGGAAGACGCAAUAAACCAGGCGUCUACACCAGAAUCACUCAGCUUCUCCAGUGGCUGGAUCAAUACAUCAGUGAUAAAAAUGAAGAGGCAUUCUCAGUGGCCACCAUAAACGAUAAUAACUUUUGAAAAUUCAGUAUUGUUAUACAGAU